ACCCUAAAACCCGCGGUCCCGUAACCGCCUUUUCUAUCUCUACCAUAUCUCCUCACCUUUCCGCCACCGUCGGCCGCCGCGGCCGAAACUGGAAUUUACCCAAAAAGUUUUUAAAAAAUGCAGGCAACGGCGGCCGCUCACCGUCACCACCUCUACUCUCCGUUCACCGCCCCCUCCUUCUCGCACCAUCUCUCACAAACCACGCGAAUCGGAAGCCGGCGCCGCCGCCGAUCGCCGGCGCCGUUCGGCGUCCGGAUGAGCCUCCGUGACGACGGCCCCGCCCUCGCGGUGGUCGGCGUCACCGGCGCCGUUGGCCAGGAGUUCCUCCGCGUCCUCUCCGACCGCGACUUCCCCUACCGCAGCAUCCGCAUGCUCGCCAGCCACCGCUCCGCCGGCCGCCUCAUCCCCUUCGAGGGCCGUGACUACGUCGUGGAGGAGCUCCGCCCUGAGAGCUUCGAUGGCGUCGACAUCGCCCUCUUCAGCGCCGGCGGCUCCAUCUCGAAGGAGAUGGGCCCGGCCGCCGUCGAGCGGGGCGCCAUUGUGGUCGACAACAGCUCGGCCUUUCGGAUGGACCCGGAGGUCCCGCUCGUCAUCCCGGAGGUGAACCCCGACGCCAUGGCGCACAUCAGGCUCAAUGGGAGGUCGAACGGGGCCCUCAUCGCCAACCCCAAUUGCUCCACCAUCAUCUGUUUGAUGGCCGCUACGCCUCUCCAUCGUCACGCCAAGGUGAUGAGAAUGGUCGUCAGCACCUAUCAAGCAGCCAGUGGUGCAGGUGCUGCAGCAAUGGAAGAGCUUGAACUGCAGACUCGUGAGGUGUUAGAUGGAAAGCAACCCACCUGUAAAAUCUUUAAAAAACAGUAUGCAUUUAAUCUGUUCUCUCAUAAUGCACCAGUUCUCUCAAAUGGGUAUAAUGAAGAGGAAAUGAAAAUGGUGAAGGAAACAAGAAAAAUCUGGAAUGAUAUGGAUGUCAAAGUGACUGCGACUUGCAUACGAGUUCCUGUAAUGCGUGCACAUGCUGAAAGCAUGAAUCUCCAAUUUGAAAAUCCACUUGAUGAGGACACUGCAAGGCAAAUUCUUAAUGGAGCUCCUGGCGUGGUGGUAAUUGAUGACCGGACAUCCAAUGACUUCCCUACACCCUUGGAGGUAUCAAACAAAGAUGAUGUUGCAGUAGGACGGAUUCGUCAAGAUUUAUCUCAAGAUGGCAACCUUGGGUUGGACAUAUUUGUCUGUGGGGAUCAGAUCCGUAAAGGAGCUGCGCUAAAUGCCAUCCAGAUCGCUGAAAAGUUGCUUCAGUAGAUAUGCAGAUUGUUCUGCAAGUGGCUGGGCAUUGUUUUUUUGUCAACUGUUGUUUGGAGAGAAUCAUUAGGAAGCAAAGCAGAAAUUAGAGUGGGUUUAGCUUCCCUGAGAAUUAUGUAUCAUUUGCUUGUGUUAUAGGAGAGAGCAAAUUUUGGGUAAUGGUCUAUUAUUUAGUAUCGGUUGGUAAGUUAGUAAUUAUACAGUGAGGUACUUGUUUAUCAACUGCUUUGAGAAUAAGAAUGCCAUUUGCAAUUCUGUAUUAUCAA